GCAUGUUUCUUCCCACCCCUCUUCGUACUACGGUAGUGCCACUUCAGCAAGUGCCAUGUCAGCAAAGUGCCACAUCAGCAGCAGGGCCACGUCAGCAGUGCCGUGUCAACCGACACAGUACAGCUAACCACAGCUUAUGCACCGACGCAGCAAAUGCAUCGCAGCACAUGAAGGGCGGGCAGCCGCAGCAGAACAGCAGCUACCCUUGCCCCUCCCCUCUGCAAUGGAGGCACAGGGCAACCCCACGGUGGACAGUGCCGCAUCCGGCAGUCCACGCAAGGUGUGCAACACGAACCCCCUGGUCCCACAGGUCCAGCAGGAGAGGUCCACUGCGACACCUGCCGAAGACCUCGACGCUGCGCCAGUCCGGCAGCAGAAUGAGACCAUGACGGCCUUCUUGGCUCGCCUCGCCACGAACAUGCAACAAGUACAAGAGGAACAGCAACGCGAGGCGGCAGCCGAAGCCGCACACCUCAACGCCAUUGCACGCGAUGCGGAGCAACGGCGCCGGCAGCACGCUGAAGCAGCUGCCAACCAUAAUAAAGCUCGACAAGAUGCCGCAUCCGUCCUCAUGCAGCAGGAAGCCGUUCAUACUGCCGCACUCCAAGCAUGGAAUUUUGAUCCGGCCGAGGCGCACACGGAACCAACUGUGGAGGAACAAACCAACUCGGCCCUCGCCAACAUCAUGCACCAAGUCAUCCUCACUUGUAACUGGCAACAAGUGGAGCUGGCCCGGCAGGCACAUAUUAUUUCCGAUUAUGAGGAGACUCUCAAGAGUCUCCAUGCCCGCCUUGACAUGCUGGAGAAGGAUGACGUGCCGCACAGGCACACGACAUCCUCGAGCAUCGAUCCAUCGAUCCGCGAGCUGGAGGAACAAAUGGAUCACCUGGUUGUGCUCGUCGGAAAUUUGAACAGUUUCCAACGACCGGCGACCAUCAGCCAGCAAAUGGUCGCCCGACAAGCGGACAUGCGUCAGUUGCAGCAACAACCAACCGGGACCUGCAACAGCAUGACGUCCAAACAGUACAAGAUGCCUAAGUUCAGCAUCGACAAGUUCGAUGACUACCACAAGGCGGACACCAACGAGCUCUCCAUUCACUUGGUCCUGCCAGAAUUGAAGAUCUCAGCUCUUUACCUUUGCAGCACCGGUGCCAGCCAAGUGUGGCUCAACCACCUGGCAAAAACUGAAAGGCAUCGAGGUCGCCAAGCUCUACACCAAGAUCACUUGGGAGGCCAUGACCGAGAAGUGGCGGAAACGCUUCAUCGUCGACGACGCUCAAGGCCAAGGCACGAACCGGAUCUUCACCAUGCACCGAGGCAGCCAGCUAACCGAGUGGCAGAAACUUGUGACGAUUCCGAAUCUGGAUAUGCCAUUCGUACAUCUUUGCAAAGAAGACGUACGCCCACGACAAAGCUCGAGAAACUGAGCUCCGCGGGAAGUGAGGCGACUCCACUUCCUACUCCGCCAGACAUGGUUGCCUUGCUAGCAACCUCCUCCACGUCCGGGGAACAUGCGCAUUUUGCAAGUCUUCAAGAAAGUUACGAAGACUAUGCUGUCCAGCUGGUCCCUCCGUUGGACCAACCUCUCCACGUGCAAGAGUCAUACGCGGGCGCGACUUCAUCACCAUCGCCAAGCGAACCAGCAUCCUCACCGACACUACUCGGGCACUCAUCGGUAUGGUCUAGACUUGAGGACCUCGACCCAUUGACGCCGGAGGACUUCCAAUGGAUGCCUCUUCCCCCAUUUGGUUCCUUGCCGAAGCCACAUUGCAACGCCCUAAUGGCGGAUCUACGCACCUACUUGCACGCUGCUGUACCAACUCCGUUGAUCGAAGACGGAGUAGCGGUUGUUGACCUUCGCGAGUACAUUGCGAAGAUUAACCUCGAAUAUGCCACGCAACGGUACGACAACAUCGACACACCGUUACUCUACGUCCGCAUUCAGAUCAAGAAGGCGACCUGCAGCGCCUUGAUUGAUUGUGGAGCUACUCGCAACUACAUCAGCCAAUACUUCAUGGCGCGCGCCAGCCUUGGGCCGUGCGUUCGAAGGAAAUCGCAGCCCACACAAGUCACGUUGGCCGACGGUCGUACGCACAAGUUCAUUGACCGAUGCGUUGACUCCGUCCCCGUGUACUUCGCCCCGCAUACACGUGAGGCCAUGUCCUUUGACAUAUUGGAGACAAAGUUCGACAUGAUUUUGGGCAUGUCGUGGCUGCGCAGCGAGGACCACCCGGUGAACUUCUACCGCCGCACCGUUCACGUUCGUGACCGAAACGGGGUACUUGUUCCAUGUAUGGUUCCCCCACCUCACCCUUCGAUUGGUUAUCACGUGGUCUCCGCGACAAGCAUUUGCAACUCCAUCGCACGGAACGACGUGGAGAAAAUGGGCAUUUGCUUCUUGCACACCCUCCCUCCUCCCGACGCGCCAGCGGAGGAAUAGCCACCGGAUCCACAUAUUGUCGAGCUUCUCGCCUCCUAUGGCGACGUCUUUGAAGCCCCCGCCGGAAUCUUACCGAAUCG